AUCCGCAUGUGUUAACAUCGCAUAUAAUUUUUCUUUGGAAUAAUUUCUUAAAAUUUGUGCUGUGUUUCAAUUGUUCAUAUUUGUUAAAUAUUUGUUACUCUACUGCUACUACUACAUCCGGAUUAAAUGGACGUUAUAAGUCGAAUGCAAUUGCCGCCUUUCCAGGGGCGGCGUCAAAGCACACCAGGAGUUUUCUUCGGUCAAUUAUCUUCUCUUCGAGUACCAGCAUCUUUGACAUCUUCGCCCAUGCAACGCGCGGACUCCUUGACCACCGAACUACCUCCAGACACCGCCCCUCUGGACAACCAGGUGGCUGGACAUAGCUUCGAACCGGGGACAGAUGCCCUGGGGAUGCUUAAACAUUCCGAUGGCACAAUCCUGAAACCUUGCACAAAACCGCUGUGUGGAAUCCGCGAAUCACGUUUCUAUGAGUCUCUCAAAGAAAGCACCAGUAGAAGCAAAGCUCUUCUUGCUUCGCUGGUUCCUGAGUAUCAUGGUACAAGAAGAUUACGAGUUGGCCCAAGAGACAUCAAUUUUAUAGUAUUAGCCGAUGUUACCCAAGGCAUGCGAGAACCUUGCAUUAUGGAUGUUAAGAUUGGUAAAAGAACCUGGGAUCCACUUGCUACUCCUGAAAAGAUUAAAGCCGAGGAGUCUAAAUACACUGCCUGCAAAAAUACCCUUAGUUUUUGCAUUCCUGGAUUCCAAGUUCAUUCUAUUAAAACCGGACGGGUACGAAGAUUUGGUAAAGACUAUGGUAAAAAGUUGAGCCCAGAAUCUGUUAAGGAAGCAUUACGUACAUUUUUAAAUGCACCAGACGAUACUCAACUAUGCCGUGCUCUUCUGGUUCAAUUGCUGGCUGGACUGUGGCGAGUUUUACGAUGGGCGCGAUCUCAGACUGACCUUCGUCUUUAUAGCAGCAGCCUGCUGUUGGCUUACGAUGCAAAACGCCUUCGUGAAGAGUUGGAAGCGCGCCCACCAGUACCAAAACCAGUAAACAGGGUGCGUCUAGGACGUUCUGGUAGUUUGCGCCUGCAUACGAAACCUUUAGAUACAUUAUCGAUGAACGGCUCAUCGUGCGCUCUUAGCGGUCAAUUAAGUCCCACAGGAGCCCCCCUAUUUAGACCAGGUAGAAGACCUUCAUCUCCGGAAAUCUUAUUUAGUGCAGCAUCAAAUCCAGCCACAGCAAUAGCCGGUUCUCCUACAAAAUACCGUGGUCUUCAACGAACACAUUCGUUCAGACAUAACUAUGACAACGACAUGAAAAAUAUAAGACGAAAUUACGAAAGCAUGCUUGAUGAUUUGAUAGCAACUGAAGAUGCACCAGCGUCGGGAACGCCUGGUGAUAAUUGGGCAGUUGUGAAAAUGAUAGAUUUUGCUCACGUGUUUCCGGCAACUAAUGAAUUCGGGCCGGAUAAAAACUAUUUGGCCGGAGUUGAAAAUCUUGUAAAAUUGUUCGAAGCACUGCUUGUAGAAACAGAAUGGACUGAAUGA